AAGGAAAUAGAGACCGUUGGUCAUUUUUGCACUUGCAUAAAAUAUAUCAUUUCUAAAGACAGAAAGAGUUUUGUCUUUUACAACGAACGAAAAUUCUGCUUUGUCAAGGCAGGAUACAGAAAUGAUGUUUCUGCUCAUACUAGGUACAAACAGACAAUUAUUCAAAUGCAAUAUAAGACCACUAGGUAGAGAUAAACUAUAGGUUCCGACGGCCAAUGCAUAGACGAGUGCGCCAUUGCCGACUUUUAGUUGUAUCUCUCCCUCCGUCAAUUGUCUACAUUCAUGCAAGUUCUGCAUAGAAGUACAGAUGUGNUUAAUGUGGCCCAAACGACAAUGCCAAAGGUACGCGAGAUUCAAACUGUUAGGUUUGUUUCUCUUAACAUCUACGUUAUAUAUUGCGGUAUCCAUGUCAAGGACAUAGAGACCGUUGGUCAUUUUUGCACUUGCAUAAAAUAUAUCAUUUCUAAAGACAGAAAGAGUUUUGUCUUUUACAACGAACGAAAAUCCUGCUUUGUCAAGGCAGGAUACAGAAAUGAUGUUUCUGCUCAUACUAGGUACAAACAGACAAUUAUUCAAAUGCAAUAUAAGACCACUAGGUAGAGAUAAACUAUAGGUUCCGACGGCCAAUGCAUAGACGAGUGCGCCAUUGCCGACUUUUAGUUGUAUCUCUCCCUCCGUCAAUUGUCUACAUUCAUGCAAGUUCUGCAUAGAAGUAAAGAUACAAAAAAAGAAACGGAAGAAACCAGCAGCCGACCGAAUUAAUCGGUGGAAACCAGAGACGUGCAAGUGCCGAUCAAGUCGCCGCCUCCGCCGCCGGACGCCGAGUCGCCGAGCUACACGCCUCCACCUUCCAGUAAAAAAGCCAUCACGGAAAUCCCUCUACUACGUGAAGAACCAAGUGUUUUUACUAAAGUAAAUCUGAAGAAAAGGAAAGGGACUGAGAGGGAACCCAACUUUGGGAGGAAAAUGCAACUCAGAAAGAGAAAGAAUGGGAUCCUAGGAAAAACUGCUGAGCAGGAAAACAAUCAAGCUCAAGAAGAUCCAAUUUCACAAGAAGAUCAAAUGCCGAGCAUUGAAAAGAUUGACCAAUUAAACGGUGAGAAGUUUUUGGUAGCAGAAGUUGAGAUCGAAGCAAACUCAGAGCAAAGGAGAGAGGAAGCUGACCAAGGAAAUGGUGAAGAGGAAGAAUGUGCUAGGACGAAGAAAGAUGACACAACAGAAAGAAAAGGAAAAAGGAAAUACAAAAAGAGAAAGAAAGGAACACCAGAAAAAAAUGCCGAGAAGGAAAACAAUCAAGCUCAAGAAGAUCCAACUUCGCAAGAGGAUGAACUGCUGAACAUUGAAAACAUUGACCAAUUAAAUGGUGAGAAGUUUUUGGUAGCAGAAGUUGAGCUCGAAGGAAACACUGAGCAAAGGAGUUCGAGAGAUGAGCUAAACACUGACCAAGAAAUUGGUGAAGAUGAAGAAAACACUGAAUAAGAGUGUAGUGAAGAGGAAGAAUGUGUUAGGAAGAAGAAAGUGCAACAGUAGAAAGAAAAGGUAAGAUGCAAU